CGAGCGACUCUCUUACGAGCUGCACCAGAGCAUGAGGAACUUAUGGAGGCAAUUUGGAUUCUCAAGAAUACUUUUCAAAGUGGAAACCUGUAGAAUAUCUGAAUCAGAAUCAUUGGCUCCACUUGCUUGGACGUCACAGAUACAGAAACUUAGCAGAGCACCUGGUAUUUUCUUGCUGGAUCAAAGGAGAAGAUUCUCCACCAUGACUGAAAUAGAAACAAACCAGAGAGACUCUGAAUUGUUUUCACCACCCUCUAAUGUUCGAGGAAUGACAAAACUUGAUAGAACAGCUUUUAAAAAGACAGUCACCAUCCCAGUACUUAAAGUGAGGAAAGAAAUAGUCAAUAAAUUGAUGCGAUCCCUUAAAAGGGCAGCACUGCAGCGCCCAGGCAUAAAACGUGUAAUUGAAGAUCCAGAAGAUGAAGAAAGUAGACUAGUUAUGUUGGAUCCCUAUAAAAUAUUUACUGAUGGUUCCUUUGAGAGAGCAGAACUCAGUAUUUUAAAGCAGCUUAAUGUCAGUCCACAGAUACAUAAAUAUAAUUUGGAACUCACUUAUGAAAACUUUAAGUCAGAAGAAAUCUUGAGAGCUGUGCUUCCUGAAGGUCAAGAUGUGACUUCAGGAUUUAGCAGAGUUGGACAUAUUGCCCACCUGAACCUUCGAGAUCAUCAACUACCUUUCAAGCAUUUAAUUGGUCAAGUUAUGAUUGACAAAAAUCCAGGAAUCACCUCAGCAGUAAAUAAAAUCAAUAACAUUGAUAAUACGUACCGAAAUUUCCAAAUGGAAGUGCUGUCUGGAGAGGAGAACAUGAUGACCAAGGUUCGAGAAAACGGCUACACCUAUGAAUUUGAUUUUUCGAAAGUCUAUUGGAAUCCUCGUCUCUCUACAGAACACAGUCGUAUCACAGAACUUCUCAAAUCUGGAGAUGUGCUAUUUGAUGUUUUUGCUGGGGUUGGGCCUUUUGCCAUUCCAGUAGCAAAGAAAAAUUGCACUGUAUUUGCUAAUGAUCUCAAUCCUGAAUCCCAUAAAUGGCUAUUGCACAAUUGUAAAUUAAACAAAGUGGACCAAAAGGUGAAAGUCUUUAACUUGGAUGGGAAAGACUUCCUUCAAGGACCAGUCAGAGAAGAGUUAAUGCAGCAGCUGGGACCACUGUCAAAAGAAAGAAAACACUCUGUGCACAUUGUCAUGAACUUGCCAGCAAAGGCUAUUGAAUUUCUCAGUGUUUUCAAAUUGCUUUUAGAUGGGCCGCCAUGUGGCAUUGAGCUCCUUCCCAUAGUGCACUGUUACAGCUUUUCCAAAGACCCUAAUCCUGCUAAGGAUGUUCAGCAGCGAGCUGGGGCUGUGUUAGGCAUUUCCUUGGAGGCAUGCAGUUCAGUUCACCUAGUAAGAAAUGUAGCCCCUAACAAGGAAAUGUUAUGUAUCACCUUUCGGAUUCCUGCUGCUGUGCUCUACAAGAACCAGACCCUAACUCUAGAGAAUCAGGACGACCCACCUCUUAAACGCCAGAAGACAGAUAAAGUCUUUUCAGAAGAAAAAACUCAAAUUGCUUCAGUCACUUCAUUGGAAAUGUCUUCUCCAUCUCCCCAUUAG